GUAAACACACGCGCGCGGGAAACAUGUUGUAGUCUAUUCAGCUGCACUGUGUCAUUAUUAACUUCAGUGUUUUUUUCCUUUUUAUCACAUUAAUAAGCCGGUAAUUUAUCACUGGACAAAUGUUCACGAGGAAGCUGCUGACGCUGGUGCUGGUGGUGCAACCCGGCCGCGUGCUGCUCGGCAUGAAGAAGCGUGGCUUCGGAGCGGGGAAAUGGAACGGCUUCGGGGGCAAAGUUCAACCUGGAGAGAGCAUAGAGCAAGCUGCAAGACGAGAGCUGCUGGAGGAAAGUGCCCUCACUACAGAUACGCUAUACAAGAUCGGGAACAUCACGUUUGAAUUCGUGGGAGAAACCGAGCUGAUGGACGUGCACAUAUUCCGAGCCGACGACUACAAAGGCGAGCCAACGGAAUCAGACGAAAUGCGGCCUCAGUGGUUUGAUAUCGACAAAAUCCCCUACGGCGAAAUGUGGGCAGACGACAUCAUCUGGUUCCCGCUGAUGCUGCAGAAGAAAAAGUUCUUGGGCUACUUCAAAUUCCAAGGUCACGAUGUGAUCCUGGAACAAAAGCUGAAUGAAGUUGCGGAGCUGUAAUCCGAUUCCAAUAUCUUGUGUUCAGGGGUGAGAUGUGGUGACAGUGCCAGGGAUGUGUGGAAGGAAUGGACCUGCAAUGGAUUGCACAAUCAUCAGCUGGUCCUGGUGACACAUGGGGACUGUUCAGAUCUGACUAUAACACAGGUCUCACAAAUUGUGUAGAUAUGUAAAGUAAAAAAAAAUAGUAUGUUUCAGGGUUGGAGGUUCAAAUCCCACCUCCAGUCUGCUUGUGUGGAGUUUACAUGUUCUAACAACGGACUGGUGGGUUGCCUUCCAAUGAUAGUUUUCAGCAGUGUAACUCCUUCUUUCAGUGCAAACUGUUCUGUAGUGAUGGACGGAUAGGGUAACAAUUAAGCUAAAUCUGUAAUUAAUUUGAUUAUAUAAGUAUAAAGAACAGAACUGUAAUUAGUAACCCUAAUUAAUAAACAUUUUUAGUUACUUCAGUAUGAAGCUAUUUGGGAUUCAACCUAAGAGCAAAAAUAAAAGUCCUCUCAGCUGAUGGUGACACAUUUCCAUCAAAAAGUUGGAUAAAAAUCUGAUGAUCUAAUAUCUUUGAUUGCCAUAAGCAUAAUGGUUUUUCGGUUGUACCUUUGUACUUAAGUUUGUAAUAUUGCUUUAGAAUCAUCAUCGCAACCCAUCUUAUGUUACCCAUAAAUUAACAUUUACCCAGAUUUUGCCCAUAUCUUCCCAAGAUUCCUGUUAAUCCAAUAUAUCAACAACAAGUAGUAAUUGCUUUCCAAGCAGGGUCAAGGUCAAAUGUCUGUAAUAAUUUCUGUAACGUUAAACAGCUUCCUUCUCUUUUGAAGUAGAGCGUGAUUCAUUCUAAAGAGGCCCCAAAUUCUUUAUAAUAACUCUUGCUAGGAUGAAGCAAUCUGAGAAAAACAAUAUUAUAACGUAUAAUCUGCUCCUCAGUAUAUAGAGCUAUGAACACACUGGGAUGCCCCUAAGUCCGACCGAUACGGUGGAUAAGACAGGGUAAUGUAAAUAAGGCAGCCAUUGCGGCGUUUAGCGCUGUACCACUUCACUUGACUUCUCAUCAGGUUGUUAGUACAAAGUCAUUAUGGUUCAGAUUGCCUUAUUAUAGAGAGAGAAUAUUUUGAACCUCUUUUAAGUGAAUCAUCCUGUACAGUGAUAUUUGAUAUUUGGCAUGUAAAUAAUUAGCUAGAAAGACUGGGAUUGUUGGGAGUCUAGGCAUGUCCAUGCUCUACUUGAAAGAAAAAAGAAAGUCUAUUUGCU